AUGAGAGCAUCACAAAUCCUAGGGUUUAGGUCGAGUUUACAAACGGCCUUAAGAAGACCUUGGCAAACAUAUAGAGAUGGUACAAUAUGGUAUGGUCAGCUUAAGACUGGUUCCAAGAGACAUCGUUUGACAACUAAACAAGGAAACAAGAAUUAUUACAAAGGUACCGGAUCCUCAGGUAUUGGGACUUUGGAUACCCGUGGCAGGUAUCAUAUAAAUUGGGAUAAAGUCAGAACGUAUGUUGUUCCAGCUGGUUUGAACGUUAGCACUUUAAAGCCAUUGGUUUCACCCAAGUCACCCAAAUUUAUACAAAAGGUUGAAGGAUACGACGAUGGGUUUAAAAGCCCACAAUUGGCAUUACACUCGGCUAUAAAUUUCAUAGAGAAUGGUUCCAGUAUGGAAGAUCUAGAUUUGGAGGAAAUAGGAUAUGUUGAAAAAAUCACAAAUCCUAAGCUCCAGAAAAAAGAAACUACAACUGAGGAUGAUGACUAA